UCAAAUGACAUGGAAACCAGAAAUAACGAUCUUGGAUCCAUAAAUCGGUCACGGGUUCAUUCCCUCCCCCUCCCCUCAACUCACCCGCUCACGCACGUUCUCUUUUCUUUGGUUCCCGAGAAAAAUUAUAAUACACCGCUUCUCUGCAUCUCUCCUUCUCCUUAUCACAUUUCUUGGAGAAAAUAUACACUUCUGGGAAGGGGAUUGUGUUUAGUAACUUUUGCUCGAGCAGCUUUCGAGGAAAAAAAAGAGUCCUUGUUUUCUUCCUUUUCCGCUUCUGUCAUAUAAAGUGUUUCUGUUUCUUGUACCAUAACGCGGAGCCUUACAACCCGAAAGUGUAUUUGGUUUUUCCACUCUUUGAACGAUCCAAUAGGAAAUUCAAAUGGCAAUUUCAUCAAUGCAGCUGUUUCAGGUUUUGAAGCCACCAAAUGUUUCCCUUCUUCCGUCAGUGACUAUGUCUGGGUUUGGAAGCACGUCGGGGCGCAAAUAUUGCGGGUUGAAGGGUGGUUUUAUGGUGUCCAGUACCCGAACUCGGGUUUUGGCCUUAGUGAGUGACAGGGGAGAGGGAACUCAGGAUCAUCCUGCUUUAGGUGGUGCCAUGGACACUACUGAUGAAAAGCAGCUGGGAGUGAUUGACAUGAAGUGUGAAUUGGUUGAUCCAGAAGUUCUUUUGCAUCAGCUAAGAAUUUUGAAGAAAAUCAACGUUGAUGGUAUUAUGGUUGACUGCUGGUGGGGGAUAGUAGAGGCACACACACCACAGGUAUAUGACUGGAGUGGCUACAAAAGGCUCUUUCAGAUUGUGCGUGACCAAGGGCUUAAGAUACAGGUUGUUAUGUCAUUUCAUGAAUGUGGAGGCAAUGUUGGAGAUGAUAUACAUAUUCCUCUCCCUCAAUGGGUGAGAGAAAUUGGUCAAAGCAAUCCUGAUAUAUAUUUCACAGAUAGAGAAGGGAGGCACAAUUCAGAAUGUCUCACAUGGGGAAUUGACAAAGAACGGGUUUUGAGAGGACGGACUGCUGUUGAGGUUUACUUUGACUAUAUGAGAAGCUUUAGGGUUGAAUUCGAUGAAUUUUUUGAUGGUGGAAUCAUCUCCGAGAUUGAAGUUGGACUAGGUCCAUGUGGAGAACUUCGAUACCCUUCUUAUCCUGCAAAACAUGGUUGGAGGUAUCCUGGUAUUGGUGAAUUCCAGUGUUAUGACAAAUACUUGAUGAAGAGUCUGAGCAAAGCAGCUGAAGUUAGAGGACACUCGUUUUGGGCUAGAGGACCUGACAAUGCAGGUUCUUAUAAUUCCUCACCACAUGAGACUGGGUUUUUUCGUGAUGGAGGUGAUUAUGAUAGCUAUUAUGGAAGAUUCUUUUUGAACUGGUACUCUCAAGUUUUGAUUGAUCAUGGUGACCGUGUACUUGGUCUAGCAAAUUUAGCUUUUGAAGGCUCUUACAUUGCUGCAAAGCUCUCUGGAAUUCAUUGGUGGUAUAAAACAGCUAGCCAUGCUGCUGAGUUGACUGCUGGCUUCUACAACCCAUCAAAUCGUGAUGGCUAUGCUGCAAUAGCGGCAAUGUUGAAGAAGCAUGAAGUUGCUAUGAACUUUACAUGUGUUGAAUUGCGCACAUUGGAUCAACAUGAAGAUUUUCCAGAGGCAUUGGCAGACCCUGAGGGAUUGGUUUGGCAGGUGCUGAAUGCUGCAUGGGAUGUUAAUAUAUUGGUUGCUAGUGAGAAUGCUCUUCCUUGCUAUGAUAGAGAAGGCUAUAACAAGAUAUUAGAAAAUGCCAAACCUCUCAAUGACCCAGAUGGGCGACAUUUAUCUGCUUUUACCUAUCUCAGACUCUCCCCAGUUUUGAUGGAGAGCCACAACUUCAAAGAGUUUGAAAGAUUUGUUAAGAGAAUGCACGGAGAGGCAAUCCCAGAUCUACAAAUUAUUCCUGAUGAAAAGCAGGACGAGCAAAAGAUAGUGGAUGACCAGCUUACUGCUUAGGAUAAAAGGGUUUUGAAGUUGUACAUUCCAUUGAGCAGAAUUAUGCUUGAAGUUAUAUACAACAAGGCAAAAAUGCUGGUUACUUAUAUCAAAGAUUUACGCACAAAGUUGCUUGUGUAAUAAAAGCGUGCUUCGAACUCUCAAGGAUCUCUGCAUACCUGAUCUACAUGAAAGAAUAAAAUGAUUUAAACUAA